CAAGAACAAGGGAGGGCCUACCGGAGUCAGCUCAAUGUUGCAUCAGAUCGGUAUAAAUCAGUAUUUUUUAUUAGUUUGUUAAAAUUUAGAUAAAUCACUUUUUAUUUAGAAAUGAUAACAAUCAUUUUAGACGCAAUCAUUUUUCUUUUAUAAAUUAUUUUAUUAAAACUAAUAUUUUUAACGCUGUGUAAGGUCUUUGUUGUCCCACACUUAAAGAUAACUCGUUAUUUUCGUCUCAAUUUAUCUUGAGUUUUACUGGAUUUCACGAGGAUGCGUUUAAAGUAAUCGAAUAAUUGGUUGUCAGUAGGUAAAGGCAUAUGGUUCAAGGUCUGCUUUAACAUCUAAAAAGACUUCCUGGAAGUUUGCAUGAAAACAAAAAUGACAAAACAUGCCGUUUUGUCUUCCGGAGCAAAAAUGUGGAGAUCUUUGGCUUGUGCAAAAUCAGAGCUACGCCUGGAUCUUACACUUGCCUGUGGGCAGACUUUCCGCUGGAAAGAAUCUGCAGAAGGACACUGGACAGGAGUGAUGGGAGGUCGAGUAUGGACUCUGACCCAAACAGAGGACACUCUUUGGUACUAUGUCUACGCAAACCCAGAUACACAGAAUGGACGUGGUGUCUCUCUCCUGGACAAAAAGCGAUCUGAGAAGAGAUCUGUAGAUUCACGGAUGAAGAAUGAAGAGGAGCCACAUGUAGUUACUGACCAGCAGGAGGGUGAGGUGGAAGCAGAGAUGAUGCUGAAAGACUUCCUUCAGCUUCACGUGAAGCUGGGAGAUCUGUACAGGAAGUGGGGAGCAGCAGAUCCCCACUUCAAGGAGAUUGCAGACAUCUUCAAAGGUGUGAGAAUAUUGCGCCAGGACCCUACAGAAUGCCUUUUUUCCUUUAUUUGCACUUCCAACAACCACAUCUCUCGUAUCCAGGGCAUGGUGGAGAGAUUGUGUCAGGCUCUGGGUGCACCGCUGUGCCAGCUGGACCAAACCGCUUACUAUGACUUCCCUACCCUGUCUGCACUUGCAGACAGCAGUGUAGAGGCAUGCCUCAGGGAUCUCGGCUUUGGCUACAGGGCUCGGUUCCUUCAGCAAAGUGCAAAGCAGAUUUUGGACACUCAUGGGCUCCAGUGGCUUGAAAGCUUACGAAGACUCCCAUAUGUUGAAGCCCGUGAUGCUCUUCGAACUCUUCCUGGUGUUGGCACCAAGGUGGCAGAUUGUGUGUGUUUGAUGUCCCUGAAUAAGUCGGAAGCUGUACCCGUGGACACACACGUGUGGCAGAUUGCUAAGCGGGACUAUAAGUACACUACUGAUAGUGGACAGAAGAGCCUCACCGAAAAGAUUCACAGAGAUAUCGGAGAUUUUUUUCGUAAGCUAUGGGGACCGUACGCUGGCUGGGCUCACUCCGUUUUAUUCUGUGCUGACCUCAAGAAGUUCCAAAACCUGAAAGAACCGGCACGUGUGAAACAGCCAAAGGCAGAGAAAGAAAGUGGUAAAAAGAGCAAGACAACUAAAACAAAGAGAGAGUUUGAUGGAAAAGGAGAGGACACGAAAAUUAAGUCAGAGAGUCAGAAAAGGGCCAAGGCGUGUGUCAAGAAAGAGACAAAUAAGCUUCAGAUCACACAAGAUCACACACUUCUCUGAUUCAACUUUUAACUGAAAAUCCAAUGAAAUGAAUGAAUGUUUAUUGUAGAAAACUGGACACAAAACAGUUUGUUGUUGCAAGGAUGUUUCUACAGAAUUAAAUGUGUCUGUUUUGUCGAAAUUAAGAGUUCACAACUGUAUUCACAAUUUUUAAUUUAUGCCUUUAGUACUUCGUCUUUACUGUAUGGUUAAUAAAACUGUCAAAAUCAA